AUGUCUCAAUCUUGCCUAUCCAAAGCUGUCGUUCAUAAACCUCCCACUCGACCAUCCGUUGACAGGCCAUCUGUGAUCCUCUACGGAGCCAUACAGCCCGAUCCCAGUAAAGACUGGCAGACCCAUCUUGCAGCCUCACUCUCUGACCUCCCCAUCGCUAUCCUGAAUCCACGCCGAGAUGAUUGGGAUAGUAGUUGGGUUGAAGACAUCUCUUUCGCGCCCUUCAAAGAGCAAGUUGAAUGGGAGAUGGACUACGCGCGCGUAGCCGAUGUCAUUGUUUUCUAUUUCGCAGGUGACGCUAAGGCCUUACAGCCCAUCACGCUGUUAGAAUUGGGGCUUUAUGCGGGAACAGGCAAGGCUAUUGUUUGCUGUCCAGAAGGCUUCUGGAAGAGAGGUAACAUACAGAUUGUCUGCGAGAGAUAUGGUGUCGACUUGGUUGAAUCCGUCGGGGAGUUGGGAGAUAAGGUACGAGCGAGGCUGUUGGCAAAGCUUAAUGAGGGGUCAACCGCCUCGAAACCAGACAAUACCCUGGAAUAG